AUGACCCUCGGGAGCCCCCACAGCUUCAACCUGGCCAAGGGGCCAGAAAGUAUCACUCUGAAAGAUGGUCCGGGGCUCUGCCGCUGCCGCCGCCGCCCCCGCACGCCCGCCUCCGCCUCCCGCAGCAGUCGCCGGGCGCCGCUGAAAGCUGCAGGCGCGGCGGGCUGCAGGUGCCGCAGCUCCCCACCGCCGGGCCCCGGGGGGCCUCCCGCCGCCUCGCCCGGGACGCCCGCUCGCCGCCCCGCGCCCCUCCGCCCUAGGCGCUGCGCUCCGCCGGGCAGGCAGCGGGGCGAGAGGGAGCCGGAGCCGCCGCCGCCGCGCCGGCCAUGGAGCUGCGUCCCCCGCAGCGCCCCCACCGCCGCCGCCGCCAGCCCUUGUCCCGCCGCCCAAGGACGCGCCCGCACAGCCUCGCCGCCGUUCGCCCGGGCGCCCAGCGCGGAGUGCCGCGGCGGCCGCCCGCCCCUCGGGAGGGCUGACUCGGGCCCCGGGCGACCCGCCACCGCCUCCGGCCGGCCGGCCCCUCCCGCCCUGUCCCUCCCCCCCCCCGAUGGAGAACGGCGGCGGCGGCGGCUGCCGGGUCCAGCCGGGCUAAGGCAGGAGGGCGGCUCGCCCCGCCGUCGGCUCCGAGUCCCCCGCGAUGGCGAAGAAUGCUGGCGCCGCACCAUGAAGCUCCUGCGGCAGGCUCGGCCGCAGCCCGCCCGGAACGCCGCCCCGCUCGCCUGCCUCGUGGCGCAAGCGUGGCUGGUGGCGUGCGCCCUGGCGGCCAGGCCCGGGCCGCAGAGCUGCCCCUCGGUCUGCUCCUGCAGUAGCCAGCUGAGCAAGGUGGUCUGCACGCGGCGGGGGCUGGCCGAGGUGCCGCCGGGCAUCCCCUCCAGCACCCGCUACCUGAACCUGAUGGAGAACAGCAUCAAGGUGAUCCAGGCGGACACCUUCCGCCACCUGCACCACCUGGAGGUGCUCCAGCUGGGGCGCAACGCCAUCCGGCAGAUCGAGGUGGGAGCCUUCAACGGGCUGGCCAGCCUCAACACCCUGGAGCUCUUCGACAACUGGCUGACGGUGGUGCCCAGCGGGGCCUUCGAGUACCUGUCCAAGCUGCGGGAGCUCUGGCUGCGCAACAACCCCAUCGAGAGCAUCUCCUCCUAUGCCUUCAACCGCGUCCCGUCCCUCAUGCGCCUGGACCUGGGUGAGCUCAAGAAGCUCAAGUACAUCUCGGAGGGGGCCUUUGAGGGGCUCUACAGCCUGAAGUACCUGAACCUGGGCAUGUGCGCCAUCCGGGAGAUGCCCAACCUAUCCCCUCUGGUGGGGCUGGAGGAGCUGGAGAUGUCCGGCAACACCUUUCCGGCCAUUAAGCCGGGGGCCUUCCACGGACUGAAGUCACUCAAAAAGCUGUGGAUUAUGAGCGCCCAGAUCAGCCUGAUCGAACGCAACGCCUUCGACGACCUCACGGCGCUGGUGGAGCUCAACCUGGCCCACAACAACCUCACCUCUCUGCCCCAUGACCUCUUCGCGCCUCUGAGGUACCUGGUGGAGCUGCACUUGCACCACAACCCCUGGAACUGCGACUGCGACAUCCUGUGGCUCUCCUGGUGGCUGCGGGAGUACAUCCCCACCAACUCCUCUUGCUGUGGGCGCUGCCACGCCCCCACACACAUGCGGGGCAGGUUCCUGGUAGAGGUGGACCAGACGGCCUUCCAGUGCUCGGCCCCCUUCAUCAUGGACGCCCCCCGGGACCUCAACAUCUCCGAGGGGAGGGUGGCCGAGCUGAAGUGCCGAACCCCGACCAUGUCCUCCGUGCGGUGGCUGCUGCCCAACGGGACGGUGCUGAGCCACGCCUCCAACCACCCCCGAAUCUCCGUCCUCAACGACGGCACCCUGAACUUCUCCCAGGUUCUCCUCACGGACACGGGGCUAUACACGUGCAUGGUCACCAACGUGGCAGGGAACUCCAAUGCCUCGGCCUACCUCAACGUGAGCACGGCUGAGCUCAACACGUCCAACUACAGUUUCUUCACCACGGUCACUGUGGAGACCACAGAGACAUCGCCCGAGAACAUCUUCCCCAAAUUCACCAAGCCGGUGCCGACCACCUCUACGGGCUACCAGCCGGCCUACACCACCACCACCACCGUGCUCAUCCAAACGACCAAAACGCCCAGGCAGGACGCCACCUUGGACAGCAACGACAAGAUGCAGACCAGCCUGGACGAGGUAAUGAAGACCACCAAGAUCAUCAUCGGCUGCUUCGUGGCGGUGACCCUGCUGGCGGCAGCCAUGUUGAUCGUCUUUUACAAACUUCGCAAGCGUCACCAGCAGAGGAGUACGGUGGGGGCCGCCAGGACCGUGGAAAUCAUACAGGUGGACGAAGACAUUCCGGCCUCGGCGGCGGCAGCGCCCACCACUGCCGCCACCGCCACCCCUUCGACCGCGUCCGGCAUGUCAGGUGAGGGGGCAGUUGUGCUGCCGGCUAUUCAUGACCACUACAACACUUACAAACCCUCCCAGGGGGCCCACUGGACAGAAAACUGUUUGGGGAACUCUCUGCACCCCACGGUCACGACUAUUGCCGAACCGUAUAUAAUACAGACCCACCCCAAGGAGAAAGUGCAGGAAACUCAGAUCUGACUCCUUUCCUUGCCCCCCUCCCCCGGCCUUUAUUAAAUAAAUGCAAUAGGAUGCACAAGAGACAAAACCAACUUUCCUACCCAGAGGGAGGAGGGCAGUCCCCCCAGUAUAUGCUUCUAUAUUAAGUCUUGGGCUGAAAGGAGAAGCAGAUUCUACUAAAAUGUAAAGAAAGGCCUAUUUUCUCAGUUGAUAGCUGUAUUGAGAAGGAAGCGUAACUCAAGAGUCCCCCCACCUCCCCCCCCAGAGACAGAGGCACAGUUCCCCAUGGCGAGUCGGCAGCAGACCUAUUUAAAGCGAAAACAUAAAAACAGCCUUGCUCCCGAAAACAGUGGCGGAGAAGAUAAAACAGAAAAUUUCAAAACCAAGGAACCGUGGGGGGGGGGAGGGAGGGGGGAGUUGUUCUUUUUAGAAGAUGUUACUUAGAAUGCAGUAAAAACAAACCCGUUUCUAUAGAGACGCUCUUUUCUUAAAGCCUUGGAAAAA